GGGUGAAAUUUGCCAAGAAAGAAAAGAAGAACAAAAGAAGAAAAAGAGAAAAAAUGGAAACGAAGCAGAUGGUGCGCUGCCCAGACGGAACGAAACACUGAAAGUGGAGGAGAACCUAUUCUCUCGGCCAUGGCGUCUUCCGAUCCCGAAAAGCUGAUAGCCAAAGCCGAUAAACUAACAAAACUCAGCCUAACAAGGUGGAGUGCUGAUUGGAAGAGUGCCACUCUUUUGUAUGAGCAGGCUGGUAAUUUGUUUAGACUUGCAAAAAAAUAUGAGAAAGCAAAGGUUGCAUUUGAGAAAGCUUCCCAAGGACAAGAGAUGCUCUCUUCGCCCUGGGAUGCUGCUAAACAUAUGGAGUCUGCUGCAGCACUGGCGAAGGAAUUAGGAAAUUGGAAUGAGGUCGCUGAUUUUUAUAGAAAGGCAUCUGAGUUGUACAAGGAAUGUGGGAGGUCACAACCUGCAUCAGAUGCUCUAGCAAAGGGUGCCCGUGUUUUGGAAGAGACUGCACCUGAUGAAGCUAUUGGGCUGUACACUGAUGCUUGUGCAAUUCUUGAAGAAGAUGGCAAGGAGCAGAUGGCAUUUGAUCUUUAUCGUGCUGCAACAAGUGUUUAUAUAAAGCUUGAGAAGUAUGGAGAUGCUGCAACCUUCCUGUUGAGAUGGGGUUUAGCUGCUGACCAAUGUAAUGCAACCCACAGCCAGUGCAAGGCAUAUCUCAGUGCAAUCAUUGUGUACCUGUAUGCUAAUGACUUCAAGUCAGCGGAGAAAUGCUACAAUGAUUGUUGUCAGAUUGAUGCCUUCCUUAGUAGUGAUCAGAGUCGUUGUGCUAGUAAACUUUUUUCUGCUUACACUGAUGGUGAUGUUGAAGAGAUUGAACGUGUGGCUCAGUCAAGCACUAUAAAAAAUCUGGAUCACGUGAUCAUCAGGCUGGCAAGGAAGUUGCCGACCGGCGAUGUCAGUGGACUGAAGACUGAUACAACCAAAGAGGAAGGGGAGGCACUGGAUGAAGAUGACCUGACUUAGCAUGCCCUACCAGCUCAACUGAUCAAUUGGAAGCGUGCAUUUUCAAUAAGUGGGGAUUUGCUUGUGUCUAUACGUAGGUCAUGGAACAUUUAUAACUGAGGUCCCUAUAGUGAGCACAUGCAUUGUGGUAUUGUUUCCUAUACAUAUAUAGAAUGGAAUGUAAAAUACUAGUUAUGAACGAAUGUGGAGUUGCUGUAAAGUUUUUGCCAUGCGCGUAGCUAGCUUAUGAUAUUGAGUAUUGACAUAUUACUCCCACACUUUGGGGUUGGUCAUUUAUUAACAAUUGAUUGAUUAUACAUUUCUUUUACUUCCA